GUCGGUUGAGAGUGGAUGUUAGCAUCGCUCCGGCAUAUGAAUGGGUCUGUGUUGGGCCUCCAGUAAACACUGCACCCCAGGGGGAAUUCAUACGAAGUGUUUUAGCUGCAUUGAGAUUAUUUUGGCUGAUAUUAGCCUCAAAUCACCCCCUUGCCCCAGUCUUCCUUGAGACUUAAAAGCUAAAGUUGCUUAGCAACAUCUCAUCGAUCUUUACGGUUCUGCUAACCGGCAGUGAUUAGCUAGCUGGCUAGCUACUAGCAGCUUAGGUUAGUGUAUGGAUAGUUGACCUAAAUGGGUAGGAAAUCAAGGAAUUACCAUUUUCAGCCAAGUAUACAACGCGUGUGAUAGUUUGUUUGGACUAAUUCGUUUCAAAAUGGACCUUAAUUUUUACUCUGAUCUGUCGGAUGGUUGUGCUCAAAACGUUGAUUCGGAGUUUUUGGACACUCAAGCAUACGGUGGAUACUCUGAGGAAAACAAGUUUCCAGAAGGCAGCGACAGCUAUCUCACCAUCAGUGGAGCGGGCCAUCCCUUUUUGUCCGCUGAGCAGACAUUUCAUACUCCCAGUCUCGGGGAUGAGGUUUUUGAGAUUCCUCCCAUCUCCCUCGAUCCGGACCCAGCUCUGGGCAUCAGUGAUGCCGUGUCCCACUUUGAGUUGACAGAUGGGUCAGAUGGCACCGGGGGACCUUCAGGCUCCCGUAGCCUUGUUAGCAACCUAGUGGUCGAGGCCAAUGACCCUUCGUUCGCUUCCACCUUUGUGAACUCUGGGUCCCAAGGCCUGGAGCAGCUAAACCUCGGGGCAAUGGGCCAGACUGGGGGGGCGGCUCUACUGAGCUCUUCUGCAUUGGAACUGGGGAAUUCCGGUGGUUCACAUUUCAGCAGUUCAUCCCCUAUGACAAUUGAUGUCCAGCUUGGUGACAUCGGUCAUGGUCUUUUGGGAAGCAGUCAGCUGAGUACAAUCAACCAGUCAGAGCUGGCGCUGGGCCUCGGGGGUGAAAACAUCAGGCAUCAUUCAGAGACACCUGAGCAGCCGCUGUCAGCAACACCGUCUCCAGCUGGUUCCCUGCAGGAUGAGGACAUGGAUGACUUCAAGAGGAGCGUGCUGGUAGACUCCCCAAUGUCUCUCUCCUCUUCCUCUGUCCUCUCCAACAUGUCCUCCCACCCAGUUCCCCUUUCCUCUGUCUCGCCUGCUACAAUCAGGAGGGGUGGGGGGAAGCCAGCCACGCUGGCAGCGAGUGGGGCCGUGGGCACAAAGAAAGGAAGGAAGAAGAAAGAUCCAAACGAACCACAGAAGCCUGUUUCUGCCUAUGCCUUGUUCUUCAGAGACACCCAGGCAGCUAUUAAGGGCCAGAACCCCAACGCCUCUUUUGGAGAGGUGUCAAAGAUUGUGGCCUCCAUGUGGGACAGCCUGGCUGAGGAACAGAAACAGGUGUACAAGAGAAAGACAGAAGCAGCCAAAAAGGAUUAUUUGAAAGCGCUGGCAGCUUACAGAGCCAACCAGCUGUCACAGCCUGCCGCUGAGGAGAUGGAGACUGCCCCUUCACCACCUCCACCUGCCGUUAACCCAGUUCCAUCUGCUGGUCACCAGGCACUCCGCCCUGCUAACAACAGCCUGGAAGAGAACACCAUCACCAACAUUUGUGCCUCCAACAUUAUCCUGGACGUCCCAGAAAUGACCACACGUUCCCGCACAGGGGCAAACAAAGCCUCCACUCCAGCAGCAGCAGCAGCUCCACCAGCCCAGACCAUCACCAAGAUCAUAAUCCCCAAGCACAUGCUGCAGGCGGGGGGCCAGGUGGUGACGGUGUUGCCCGGAGGGGUCCGCACCUUGCAGCCUACGUUGGUAGUGUCGGGUGCCUCUCGCCAGCCACCUCCGCUGCAGCAGAUGCAGAAUGCUCCUCUGCCGCCACGGCUCCAGCAAAUGGCGCCGGCACCUCCACCGCUACAAGCCAAGCCCCGCGAAGGAAGCGCCAUGGCAGGUCUCCCUGUGUCCAUCACGGCUACUCCUCCGCCUCCACUCCAGAUAAAAAUAGUUCCUGCCUCCUUGCAGGAUAAAGAGGCCCUGCCAAUUAUUGUCCCCAGCACAGCUGCUGCAUCAUCUACUGCGACUGCUGCUGCCCAGUCUGCUCCCGUCGUCUCAGUGCAGGUGGUGAAUUCUGCUGAUGUUUCAGGGAAUCCAGAUGAGGAUGAAGUUACAGAUGUGCUGCCUUCAGAAGAGGAUGACAUGGAGGUGAAUGGGUCCAUUGAUGCCACAGCUCUGAAGAGUGUGUGUGUGAGGGCGGGCUGUAACAACCCAGCAGUCGAUAGUGAAGACUGGGACAAAGAGUACUGCAGCAACGAAUGUGUGGCCACUCACUGCAGAGAUGUUUUCAAGGCGUGGUGCUCCAUCAGGAAUCAGACCAUGGGAACAGUGAAGAGCCAGUGUUAAUAAUGGAAAAAUGGAUGCAGAACUGUUGCACUACAGUAAUACUAACAAUGCAUUUCACUGCAGGUGCUUAAGGGUCAUAAUUCUCUCACUGUUUUGUACAAACACUGUAGGUUUUACAGUUGUUGUUAAGGACAGUAAACAAGUAGCAUUGAUAAAAUGCCACUGGAUUAGUACAGUCAUUCCAAACUGUUAUUUUUGGCAGUCGAAUUACAGCAGUGUCGGGUGUGUGUGGAUAAUUAUGUAGUGCGAUGUUUGAGUAUGUGUACAGCUUUUAGUUGGGCAUCAUGGGGACUUUGUGGCAGCUAGGAAAAAAGAUCAGCACAAUGAAGUAUAAAACAUUUUUUUUUUUAUCAAAGCCCACACAGCUUAUCUUUGUUUACUGUAAGUGGUAACU